AUGAUCUCCUUCUUCAACUUGAGGUGGUGUCUUUUAUUUCUCGCGUUGGCGCCACAGCUUUUUGUGCGAGCUCGCCUCGUGGGACACCGCGCCACCACCGAGGCAUCCACCAAGACCGCCGCCAAUGCCGUCGACACAAGUUCAUCGUGCCGUGCUGCUUCCGAACAAGAUGCAGAACUGUUGUUGUCCAAGGAAUUCAUGAUUCACAAAGUCCAUGUGGCGACGCACUUGUCCGACAUUGUCAACCGCGAGGAGUACGGUCGCAUUGAAGACAUGAUUGACGAACAACGAAAAGUCUUUGAACGAUUCGAUGGAUUUCAUGACUACAACGAUCAAUCGCUAGUGGCCAAGACCAAGGAUACGCAAACCUGCUUUGUAACGUUUCAAUCCACCGACCCUGGCAAUGGCGUCGUGGCAUUCUUGAUGGAUCAAUGGCAAAAUGUGAAUCCGUUCAAGGUUCGAAUUGGUACUAGUGACUGCUAUGCUCGAAAAGGAUACGUUAAUGCAUACAAUGCGUCUUCUUACAAGGACGAACAAAGGAAAAGCAUUGACGCCUGUGUGGCGUCUUGUGGCGACACACCAUGCCCACUGGUCUUGAGCGGGUUCUCUCAAGGUGGCUCUGCGGCCGUCGUUGCCGCCGCGGAUCUCGCACACUACAAUCCCGAAGUCAUCACGUUUGGAGCUGCUCGGGUCAUUGUCGACCGCGACAAUGCACCUUGUACCGAAUCCAUCAAUCCUGCCAAUCACUAUCGUUUCGUCACCGCGGAUACGGCAACCGGUUAUGAUGCGAUCCCCAACCAAAUCAAUGUUUGGAAUGAACGGCACGUGGGACACUUUUUCUUGUUGGAUGCAGAUGGCGACAAUCUGCCUCUCAACAUGCCUUCCAUGGAUGACAAUGUGUCGAGACGACCGAGAACGUUGGAUAUGCACGAUUUCGUCUUGUACCGAGAACGAAUUGAAGCCCUCCUUGAGUCUGAUUGCUUUCCCCUUGCCGUUGCCAAAUGGUCCGUUGGACACUACUGUCGUUACGACGAUGAAUGCUCCUCGGAGUCUUGUGUUGAGUUUGCUUGCGCGUAG